UGAAUGCGAACGCCAAACAGGGAGAGAGUUUGUUUUUUCUGCAACAAUACAAAACAGUCUGUUGAUUAUAUAAGCUCUCUUUUAUGGUUUCUAGGAGUUGAGAUUCCAGAUCUGUUGCUCUCUGGCUACCGAAUAUACAGAGAUAGGGGUAAUGGUGACGAAAGAGAGGGAUGAAGAGCUCGCGAUGUUCUUCGAGAUGCGAAGAUGCGAGAUGGAGAAGGAGAGAAACAACCUUCUUAGCCUCCACAACUCUGGUGAGCUCGAUACUGCUCCAACAUCGAACGGAGGGGUUUCUCCUAUCACGAAGAUUAUGUCCUCUGUGCCACAGCGAAAGACUGCUGUCGAGAAUUUCUUGAACUCGGAGAAUGAAAAAACAGACUACGAUUGGCUUCUUACUCCACCGGGUACCCCACUGUUUCCUCAUUUGGAGAAGGAUUCACAGAAAACCAUGAUGACUGAGAUUGGAAAUGCAAAUGUCUGUCCCACUGCUUUGAGAUCUAGGUUUGAAAAUAUCCCAGCAGAUCCUGCUCCUGGGAGUAGUGUUGUAGCCAGGCCUACAACGAUGCCUUUAGGAUUGAAUUCUUCUAAUGCUGGUAACAGAAGGCCCUCCUCAUCAGGGGGCAGGAGUGAUGUUACAGCCAAACCUGCAACUAUGCCAUUUGGUUUGAAUUCCUCCAAUGCUGGCAACAUAAGACCCUCCUCAUCUGGUGGGAGGCCAUCUGUUACUAGAUCUUCCUCACCUACAGUACGGCACAGUUUGCCCACUAGUGCCAAGACUUCAAGAUCAUCCACACCUACUUCACGGGCCACCUUGACAUCCAUGAAACCUACUGCUCUUCCAGUGAGAUCCUCCACUCCGAGUAAAGCUGCCACCACUCGUUCUUCUACACCAACCUCUAGAACUUCUGUAACAGCUCCAAAGACAGCAUCAAGAUCAGCAACACCAACCCGACGACCAUCGGUACCAUCAAGUGCACCUAAUGUUGCUGCUCCCAGUGGUCGUUCUUCUUCAAUGACAAAGUCUGUCCCCACAACAUCGAAAAAUCCCGUGCCAUCACGUGGUAGUUCUCCAACUGUUAAAUCUAGGCCUUGGAAACCCUCAGAGAUGCCUGGUUUCUCUCUUGAGGUUCCUCCAAAUUUAAGAACAUCAUUGCCAGAGAGACCGGCUUCAGCCUCUAGAGGAAGGCCUGGAGCUCCAAGUGGUCAGUCACCUUCUGUUGCAGCCAAUUCCAAUGGAAGACCACGACGGCAAUCAUGCUCGCCUACCAGAGGAAGGGCUUCAUAUGACAGUGUCCAUGGUACUCAGAACUCCACUACUGCAAAGAGCAGAGCACGCACAAACAACAGUGAUGAUGUGAACCCAGUUCUUAUUGGAACAAAAAUGGUUGAAAGAGUGGUGAACAUGAGGAAACUGGCGCCACCAAAGCAAGAUGAUACGCACUCUACUCAUACUAAUCUUUCUGGGAAGUCUAUCAACCUUGACCGCACAUGUUUCGGGAGAACGCUGUCUAAGAAAUCACUUGAUAUGGCUUUGAGGCAUAUGGAUAUAAGAAAAAGCAUUUCAGGUAAUUUAAGGCCAAUUGUGACGAACAUUCCAGCUUCCUCUAUGUAUAGCAUGAGAUCUGGAGGCUCAAGGAGUGGUAGUGCUUCAGGCUCUCCUCAUAGCAAUGCUAGUAGCUUUGAGCUGCGCAUCAAUAGUAACUCAAAUUUCUAUGAUGGGAACGAAAUGGAAAACUAUGGUUUUGGAAGUAAUAGAGGGAACUCCUCUCCUGCCAGCAGCCUCCAUGACAGGUGACCCAAGGUACCCCCAGCCUACUCAGGGAACAGGUAAGCGGGGAACUUAGGUACCACCCAAUCCGAAUAUAUGCUUUAACCGUCUCAGCUUGGGGAGUAAAUAUUAAAUUAAUGUGUGGAGUUCAAGACUCCAAGUGUUGUAGUUGUUGACUGAAGUCUGCUGCAUACUCAACAUGGCAACGCAUAUCAAUGUGUAUUAAAAAUUUGCUAAAAUUCAGAAUUUGGCAUGCAGUGAUAUUUGAUAUGGGUGUCCCAAUCGUUGGAACAAUUCAUUAGGGAAUCAGUAUGAUUCUUUCUUUGUUCGUUCCGUUUGAAGAAAGGAAGGAUCCCAAAGAAUCGAUCUUUCUUUUAGUUGUCCGUUUGAAUCCCAAAGAAUUGAUCUUUCUUUUUAGUUGUCCGUUUGAAGAAUGGAAGAAUCCCAAAGAAUUGAUCUUUCUUUUAGUUGUCCGUUUGAAGAAUGGAAGAAUUCCAAAGAAUCGAUCUUUCUUAUAGUUGUUGAAUCUCUCUUUGAUUGAUCAAUGUGUGAUAUUCUGAAUCUCCAGCCCAU